AUGGCGCCCACCUGGCUCGCCCCCAUCGUCGCAGGCGUCGUCGCGCACGCCGGCAUCCAGCUCGUCGAGAUCGACAUGUUCCUGCCGUACAUCGGAAUGGCGCUCAGCGGUUUCUGGGCCGCCUGCCUCUACCUCAGCGUGCACGUCUUCGGCGCGACGAUCGUCGAGGCGCUGGUGGAGAUGCUGCGCUUUUCCGCCCUGGUCUCGCUUGGACUGACCGCCUCGAUGCUGGUGUAUCGCGGAUUCUUCCACCGGCUACGACGGUUCCCCGGGCCGUGGCCGGCGAAGUUUACGAAGCUGUAUGCGGUGUGGCUGUCGGCGCGGAAGGUGCAGUGGCAUUUGGAGAUGAAGAGGAUGCAUGAGGAGUAUGGGGAUGUGGUGCGGACGGGCCCCCGCGAACUCUCCAUCACCCGCGCCGAAGCCAUCGCGCCCCUCGCCGCCUGCCGCAAAUCCACCCUCUACGCCCUCUCGCACUGGAACGACGACCGGCUAGGCCUGAUCGAGACGCGCUCCAUCCGCGACCACCGGCUGCGGCGCAAGCCGUGGGACACGGCGCUGAACAGCAAAGCCCUCGCAAAAUACGACCCAUCCCUGCAAUCGACCAUCGGGCUCUUCCUCGACGCGAUUUCGACGGCAAGCGAGGCGGGCCAGAAGCCGAUCAACGUGACCGACUGGGUCGCGUACCUGGCGUACGACUUGAUGGGCAUGAUCGGGUUCGGCCGCGACUUCGGCCAGUUGCGGGGAGGUGGGGUGGAGCAUUGGGCGGUCAAGGCGCUCAGGGCGCAGCAGCUGUUUAUUGGUGUGCUGAAGCCGAUUCCGUGGUUGUUGAAUUUUUUGGCGGCGAUACCGGGCGCGGAUGGGCCGGUGCAGCCGUUUGUUAAGUAUUGCGCUGGGUUGGUGGCGGAGAAGAGGGAGGCCAUCGCCGCCGCCGACAAAUCCGCCGCCCUAUCCCAACCCUCCGACAUCUGCACCUACAUCCUCCAAGCCUACGAAGCCAAGAGCCCGAACGCCCCACGCACCCAAGCCGCCCUCGACGAAGACGGCCGCCUCAUCGUCAUAGCCGGAGCCGACACAACCUCCAACACCCUCAUCAACGCCCUCUACUACCUCUCCCGCCAGCCCCAUCUCUGGCGCGCCCUCCAAUCCGCCCUCACGCCCCUUUUCCCCGGCGGCCCCGACACCUUUUCCUACGCCCACCUCGCCGCCAACCUCGCCCAGGCGCCGCUGCUCGACGCCAUCAUCAACGAGACCAUGCGCCUCAAGCCCGCGACCCCCGGUGGGAAUCCGCGCGUCACGCCGCCCGAGGGAUUGACGAUAGUUUUAGAGGAUGAUGACGAAGGCGCGGACGAAGGAGGCGCCGGAGCGGGGACAGGAGGGGCAGCAGCACGCAAGCCGAGAGAACUCCACAUCCCCGGCUCGACAGACGUCUACAUGUCACCCUACGUCCUGCACCGGUCGCCGCGUUAUUUCGUUGAGCCGGACGCGUUCGUGCCGGAGCGCUGGAUCGCGGACCGCGCGCGCGGGGGGAGGCCGGAACUCAUCAAGAAACAGGGUAGGGUGGAUAAUAACGGUGUGCUGGAUGGGGGGCCGGCGUUCUUCCCGUUUCAGGUGGGCCAGUUUGCGUGCGCGGGGAAGGCGUUGGCGAUGUGGGAGAUGCGGAGCGUGUUGGCGCGGAUGGCGUUGAGGUUUGAUUUGGGGUAUGAGAGGAAGGCGGGAGGGGAGGGAGAAGAGGGGGAUGUGGAGGGGAGGAGGUUCGAUGAGGGGAUGAAGGAUACGUUUACGAUGACUUUGGGGCCGAUGUGGUUGAGGUUUAAGGAGAGGGGGAGGUGGUGGGAGGAGGGGAGUGGGUGA